UAGUAAAUGUAGUAUUUAGGGAACGGUAACAAAUAAACGCCCUUCCUCCAGUAACUCUGGAGGGAGGAAAAAGUCUGUUCAAAGCAUUCUGUUGAUGUGUUGGUCGGUCAGGUGCCGUUGACUAUGCACCGUAGCGACUUGAUUGACGCAAAACUGCUUUCCUGGCUCCAAUUCCGUGGGACCGUUGUCCUUCCCUCAGGUAUGUACCCGAGGCGCACGUACGACAGCCUCGAAAACUGAGAAGAGCUCAAAACGAGAAGCCACACAGCUGUGUUACGGGGGUGGCGCAAAAUAAUAUCUCGGGCGCGUACUGGGCUUUAAAAGACAAGUGGUGCAAUGUUGAAAUUAGUGCUUCUUAUUUACGCAGCCGGUUGGGCGGAAGGAAGGACGGAGAAGGCGUGGGACGCACCCCAGGAAGCGAGCAACGGGACCACCGUGACCACGAUCAGCAGAGAUCCCCUUGCAGCAAGCUACUACCCCAGCAGGCGAGAAAGGCCGCCCGUCAAAGGAAACACGGACGCAGAGGAAGCGACCCUAAGGUUACCAGGGACGGCCUCUAGCAAGCCGACCAAAUACCAUUACUACCCGCAUAACCAACAUAUCUACUUGCUUCCGGAGUGCGCCGUGCAGCAGGUGUGCAACGCUGUCUACGUUAGGCUCAACUACACACAGCCUCUAUGCGCUUGUCCUUCUCGUUACCGAGAACCGUGCUCGGCUUCGCUCAAUUCGGACGAUCUACAUACGACUGAACUUUCAGCUGGAUCGACAGGAAAAGUUUUGACUCUAAUUAAGACCUGUGAGCCAGUUGCUGAUAUGAGGCUCUGCCGUGCCCCUAGAGACUGGUCUCUCCUGGCACUGCAGAACAUAAGAACAGGAAAAAGCCACUAUCUUGUCAUCUGCAGAUGCCCAGAAACAAGUGUGCUAGAGGGUCCGAUGAGUCAUGAUCAGCCUACAUAUGCCAGUGUACCUGGAAUUAGAGUCUAUGGGAUGAUGUGCGUCAACAACAAGACAACACAUUCUACACCAUCUUCUCUAAUAAACUUGAACAGAAGGGGGCGGCCUUUGAGGAACAAGAGAAACCUCAGGAUAAAGGAGCAUGUACCUCCUUUUCCAUGGCACAGAGUAAAAGAGCUUUACAAGAAAGCUAAGCUGUAAAAAAAAUCGAAAUGAGUCUUAUAAUUGGUCAUGAAUUCUUAAAUGGGUAAAAUUUUCAAAAACUCAGUUAGCAUUUCGAUCCUAUAAAAUCCUUUGAAAUGCACUGGGUUUUUGCAAAUGAAAAGAUUAUCAAUUUAUGUACAAUUGGAGUAAAGGAUACUGCAAUUUGGAACAAAAAUAGCCCACCACAAUUCAAUUUAACAAUUUUAUGAUUUUAAAACAAACUAAUAAAUACAUGUAACAUUUAAGAUGUGAUAGAUUAUUUGUACUAAGAAUCCAUUAAGAAAAAGAACAUUUCUAUUUAUUGAGCUGUAAAUAAAAGCUGUAUUUAUUAUUUAUGUAUAAGAGUACCUACUAUAUAUAUUGCAUGGGAUAUCCCAGCUUUUGAGACUUAUUACAUAUGUGCUAACGAAAUUAAAUAUCAUGCGAUAUUCUCGGAGAUUUUUUUUUUUAUAUUUUAAAUUUCAGCUGUUAAAAUCUAAUGAAUAACUAACCUGUUAAAAACAAAUUGCAACUAUGAUCUAGCUUUAAUUAGUAUUUUAAAAUAAAAGAAACGGGUAAAAAAGCUGCUAAUGAAUUACAAUGUUGGAUUUAGUUAAAAGAACUUAGACACAGUAUUACACAAAACAUUGGAAAAUGUUAAUUAUAAAUUGUAAUUUAUGAA